GGGACAGCGCUGUCCGCGCAGGACCCUGAGCCCAGCAGCCCCUUCCAGAGAGCUCCCUUCAUAACACGCUUUAAGCAGCAAAAUUUAAAAAAUAGCCGAGAAUAUUCCAGAUUCUUAGCAGAAUUCCUGCCAUCUCUGUAGACAUCUCAGGAUGGGGACUAGGAGGCUCAUGGAGGCCCUGCUGGCCCUGGCCGGCCUGCUGCAGGUGGCACUAUCCCUGAAAAUCGCAGCCUUCAACAUCCGGGCCUUUGGGGAGUCCAAGAUGAACAACGUGACCCUCUCCAACUAUAUCACGCAGAUCGUGAGUGACUACGACAUCGCCCUCAUCCAGGAGGUCAGAGACAGCCACCUGGUGGCUGUGGGAAAGCUGCUGGACAAGCUCAACCGGGACGUACCAGACUCCUACCACUAUGUGGUCAGCAGGCCGCUGGGCCCCAGCACGUACAAGGAGCGCUACCUCUUCCUGCACAGGCGAGACCAAGUGUCUGUGCUGGACAGCUACGACUACACCCGUGAGCACUGCAAGGACCACCCCUGCAGCAACCACACCUUCAGCCGGCCGCCCAUUGUCGUCAAGUUCUCCUCCCCAUGCACGCAUGUUAAGACGUUCACCAUUGUCCCCCUGCAUGCGGCCCCGGAGGCCGCGGCAGCUGAGAUCGACGCGCUCUACGAUGUCUACCAGGAUGUUCGGGAGAAGUGGGCCACGGAGGACAUCAUGUUGAUGGGCGACUUCAACGCUGGCUGCCGGUACGUGACCGAGGCCCAGUGGCCGGGCAUCCGCCUGCGCACGGACCCCGCCCUGCAGUGGCUGAUCGAUGACACUGCCGACACCACCGUCACGUCCACGUACUGCCCCUACGACAGGAUCGUGGUCUCCGGGACUCUGCUCCAAGAAGCUGUAGUUCCGGACUCAGCCACUACCUUCGACUUCGAAGCUGCGUACAAACUGAGCAAAAGCAUGGCCCUUGCCAUCAGUGACCACUACCCAGUGGAGGUGACGCUGAAGAGGACCCAAUGCACGCAGAACCCUGUGACCCUGGGGCCUGCUCCUGGGCACGGCUAGUGAUCCGCAGCAGGGCAGGCACAGCUGGAGGAAGGGGCUGAGGCGGGGGCCGUCUCUGUCCCGGCCUCCCCUGUCUGCACGUGAGCUGUCACCGCAGCACCAGACCUCUUCUGAGGCCGGGCGAGUCUGACCCACAGGUUAAGAAACACCUUUUAAUGUAGCAAAUAAAGUCCAAGAAGGUG